GCACAUCAGACCGUUAUGAAUGUUCAUAGCAGGAGUCCCGCCUCUGCGCUCAGACGCGUAACGCGAGUCGCGUUCUCUCCCCGCACUCCGUCCCGGCGCUCCUGUGUCUCUCACCACGACCAUGGUCACACAGGCAGGAUGACAUCCAAAUGUGAGCCCGGUCUACCGUCGAACAGCUCAGGAGACGCAAUGUUGGAUUCGAACGCGUCCAAACCUGCGCGCGAUCCCAGCGCGAGCGACAUCAGCAGGAGCGCGACAUGCGGCUCCGUGUCCAUCGCCUUCCCCAUCACCAUGAUGGUGACCGGGAUGGUGGGCAAUUUACUGGCCAUCCUGCUGGUCUACAGUGCGUACAGGCGGAAAGAGAACAAACGGAAGCAGUCCUUUUUGCUGUGCAUCGGCUCUCUGGCGCUGACGGAUCUGUUUGGACAGCUUCUCACGAGCCCCAUAGUCAUUUCCGUGUACAGAGCGGAGCUGCAGUGGGAGCGUGUCGACGUCUCCGGGACUCUGUGCCCGUUCUUUGGCGUGUGCAUGACCACUUUUGGCUUAUGCUCGCUGUUCUUUGCGAGCGCCAUGGCUGUGGAAAGAGCUCUAGCCAUCACCGCGCCUCACUGGUACUCCAACAGCAUGAAGACCACCGUCACCAAGCACGUGCUCGUCUCCAUCUGGUGCCUGGUGCUGUGCUUCGCCCUGUUGCCCAUCAUCGGAGUCGGGAAGUACACCCUGCAGUGGCCCGGUACGUGGUGCUUCAUCAGCACCGGCGACACGAACGUCAGCGGGAACACGUUUUUUGCCGUGACCUUCGCCGCGCUCGGGAUCUCCUCUCUGCUGGUCACCUUCUCCUGUAACGUGGUGACGAUCCGCGCGCUAGUGGCGCGCUGCCGAGUCAAACCCAGCGCGUCGCAGUGGUCCAAGCAGUGGGAGAGACUGACCACUGAGACGGUCAUCCAGCUCAUGGGGAUCAUGUGUGUGCUGCUCAUCUGCUGGUCUCCUUUACUGAUCCUAAUGUUGAAGAUGAUCUCCAACCACACGUCUUCUCACCACUGCAAACCCUCAGCGAUUCCUCUCCUCCCCAGCCGCGACUUACAGAUGGACUGCAACUUCUUCCUGACCGCCAUUCGCCUGGCCUCGCUCAAUCAGAUACUGGACCCAUGGGUUUACCUGCUUCUCAGAGAGAUCCUCCUGAGGAAGUUCUGCCAGGUGGCUAACGCCGUGUCUAACUGUUCUCUGGACGGACAGAAAGAGACGAAGAAGGAAACCGCUCCAGAUGCUGCAAAGGAUCCGGCCAAGGAGAACGAUGAGUGUAAGAAACUGGCUUCUCCCGAUCCUGGUGGAAGUGCACAAGCGUGACUGCAGUUAUUUAUGGAAAGCUGUCUUUAUAUAAACGUGCGCUCAUGGACCACGACAUUGGCAUGCGUACGAUUAACCUCAUUCUACCCGACGCUGGCUUUUUGUAUCUCAGCGUGACGCCUGAGCACGCGCGAGUCCGGCAUGCAAACACUCGCCGCUUAUAAACAACUACAACCGCUCGACUCUGGCGUUUGUCCAUGUUGCUAAAUAAAUUCUCAUCCUGUGAAGCCAAACGCCACAAGCCGAGAUCUGGACCCUGUUCUUCUUUAUACGUUGACUUAACAAACACAAAAUGACAUGUUCCAGACGCGUAAGUCAUUCCAAUCACACAAGAACGGGAUUAGCGCAGCCGGAUCGAGUUAUCCGAGAUAAUUCCACGCGCCGACGUUAACCGGAAAGCAGCGACGGAACCCGAGAAGCUGCAGAAAAGAUUUUGCUAACACUUUUUAUGAAGGUCAUAUUUAAAAUAAGCUAAAAACACAUCCGUAUCUUGUUAUAAUGCGUUCAUAAACGAAAGGUCAUUGUCACGUUACAGCUUUAAAGGAAUCUGAAUGUAGGUGCGGUAUUUUAUAGCUAUCUUUAUCAUGAGUUUAUCAUGAUUCAUUAAAACCAUGCAUUAUUAAAGCUCAUAAUGCUUUAUAUCAUCAAUACUAAUGAAUCUCAACCACUCUGGCAGUUUGUAUAGUGCAUUAUGACUUUUUGCAGCUUCUGGAAGGACUCCUGCAGUGUACGUUUGGUCGUGAUUAAACUGUGAACAAUAAAAGGAAGGAAAUUCUGCUGAUUUAUUCAA